UCUACCAAAAAAACAGUAUAACAAAAUGUCAAAGCUCAUUCUUAUCCUCGCCGCACAAAUCCUCCUCCUCACCAUCUUUGCCUCCGCCGGAGACGGUGGAAACUUCGCAAGCACAAUGAACCCGAACCGCCUCCACGAGAAGGAGAAACUCACUCAUAUCCGAGUCUAUUGGCAUGACAUCCGAAGCGGUCAAAACCCUAGUUCCAUUAUGAUCCAGCCGCCGGUUAGGAAGUACUCCUCAACCUACUUCGGAUCAAUCACAAUGAUAGACAACACACUAACAUCUGAUGUGCCGAUUAACUCUACAGUCGUGGGUCGGGCCCAAGGUUUCUACGCAGGAGCGGCCCAACGUCAGCUAGGUUUCUUGAUGGCGAUGACUUUCGCUUUCAAGACGGGGGAGUAUAAUGGAAGUACGAUCACGAUUCUUGGUCGGAACACAGUGCUCUCUGAAGUUAGGGAAAUGCCGGUGGUCGGAGGAAGUGGAAUCUUCCGGUUCGCUAGAGGAUAUGUCGAGGCUAGGACUAAGUCGUUCGAUCUAAAAUUAGGAGAUGCGAACGUUGAGUAUAACUGUUUUGUCUUGCAUUACUAAGAUAAUUAACCAAAAUAAGAAUGUGUCCUCUAUGCACUUUUUAUUUGAUUUAAAAUUAUAAUA